AUGUGCUGCAACUACUACGGGAACUCCUAUGGGGGCUGUGGCUACGGCUGUGGCUACGGCUCUGGCUAUGGCUGUGGCUAUGGCUCUGGGUAUGGCUGUGGCUACGGCUCUGGGUAUGGCUGUGGCUAUGGAUCCAGAUAUGGCUGUGGAUAUGGCUCUGGAUACGGCUGUGGCUACGGCUGUGGCUAUGGCUGUGGCUAUGGCUCUGGGUAUGGCUGUGGCUAUGGAUCCAGAUAUGGCUGUGGAUAUGGCUCUGGAUACGGCUGUAGCUACGGCUCUGGCUAUGGCAGUGGCUGCUGUACCUUCCGACCAUGCUGCUACCGACGAUGCUAUUCCUCUUGCUGCUAG